AUGAGAGCUCAAGCUCAAGCAGACCAGAGCUCUCGACCCCGCCAACCUGAUAAGAUAAGGACACUCAAUGGUCCACGCCCCGCUCCACGGCACAAGGGCAGAAACAGCAAGAGCGCUACGCUGCAUCGGAAUGGCGCAAGCCUCCCGGUCAAUCUUCACGUUGCAGAGUCAUUUUCUACUUGUCCCGCUUGCUGCAUCCCUUUCCUUGAUCAUAAGUCGGAAAUAAACCUGGGAACAGCCACCAAACUCAACUUUGCAUCUCUCGCAAAGCAGACCAUAGCACACAAUAUGUCCUCCAAGGUGAUUAUCGUGACCGGAGCCAGCCGAGGCAUUGGUCUUGCCAUCGCCCAGCACCUCAUCAAGGAAUCCCACAAGGUUGUCUUGGCGGCGAGGUCCAAGGAUCAGUUGGAGGCUCUGAAGGCUGCUCAUCCCGGACAGGUCGAGUAUGUUGCCGGAGACUUGGGGGAUCUCAAGACAAUCCCAAAGAUCGCCGAGGCUGCAGUCAAGGCCUUUGGCAAGAUUGAUGGACUUGUCAUCAACCACGGCGUCCUGGAGCCCGUCACCCGCAUAGCAGACUCUUCAAUCGAGGAAUGGAAAAAGGCAUACGACAUCAACGUGUUUAGUGGGCUCGCAUUGGUCCAAUCAUCUCUGUCCGGGCUGCGCAAGUCCAAGGGCUGCGUCCUCUGGGUGUCAUCCGGCGCAGCCACUGGCGCAUACGCCGCAUGGGGAGCCUACGGGACUUCCAAGGCCGCCAUGAACCACCUCUCUGCAUACUUGGCAGUAGAGGAACCUGACAUCACCAGCAUCGCCAUGAGCCCAGGCCGCGUCAACACAGCCAUGCAAAAGGUCAUCCGCGACACAGGAGCCGGGCACAUGGCCGACAAGGACCACACCUCUUUCGUAUCUGCUUUCGACAGGGGAGAGCUGUUCAAGCCUGAGCAGCCCGGCAGCGUCAUGGCGCGGUUCGUCGUCAAGCCUCAGCACGACCUUUCGGGCAAGUACUUCAAGUGGCAAGCCGGAGAGCUUUCAGCGUAUCAUGAUGCGGAGAUUAGCAUGGAAUAUGUUUCAUCAUCACUGGCAAACCUUUACAGGCGAAAUUGGAAAGAAAUUCUCGCGUUUGCGGCUUACCUUGAACUGGAGAUCUACGGGCAUGAUAUGACAUUGUCUGGCACCCAGGUUCUCAAGCCGUGCGACUCGGCUGUUCAGUAUCUAGAGUUGUCCAUCGUUGCUGGCGCAUUCGGCCAUAGCAGUGAAUCGAUUGAAUUGGUAGCGUUUCCGUUUGGCAGGAAGGUCAUUCACCACUAUGAGGGGAGUUAUUCCUCCCGCGGAGGUAUCUUUCGCCGGCGCACCGCUGUCCCGUCCCUGAAUGGAAUUCGACUGUGGUGUAAAAAGUGCGCCCCACCAAGGCGGGACCAGGCAGUGACUGAGCCUUCACUCUGUGGCUCAGUGGCCCCUGCUUCCUCAAGACCUACAAAGUCGGCGAUUAGCCUACCUAAUCAAAUUGCACGUCCACCCCGCCACCGCGUCUUCUUCACCACCAACUACCAAUUUCCGUAUAAGUCAACAGUCGACACAAGAAUAUCACGACUCUUUCCUGCAGUCUCUCAUCUCUGCCAAGGCCAAAGCCUAAUACUUGUUGAAAAGCAAACAAAAUCGACCACGUUUCUCAAUCUAGCCAACUUUUCCAGUUUCAUCGACACCGUCGUCUCAUACCACAACCAUGCUUCUACUUUGCUCCGCCCGUGUGCCUGCCUGGUCUUCACUGCCGGGCCUACAAAGCGACAUGCGCAUUCUCUGCAAGAGCACCCCAACCCUACCGAUGCUUUGUCUGUAUCAUGCGACGGUCUCAUUGCACUUCCUCACAACCAACAUGUCGUUCAGUGCAACGAUGACUUGUCCUUGCCCAAGGCCACCGUCCAAAAGAUCGUCACCGAGAUUCUGCCGCCCUCAGCUGGCGUUGCCUUCGCCAAGGAGGCUCGUGACCUGCUUAUUGAGUGCUGCGUCGAGUUCAUCACCCUUAUCUCCUCGGAAGCCAACGAGAUCUCAGAGAAGGAGGCAAAGAAGACCAUCGCGUGCGACCACAUCACCAAGGCCCUCGAGCAACUGGGUUUCGCAGACUACGUCCCGGCCGUGCUAGAGGCCGCCGCAGAGCACAAAGAAGUGCAAAAGGGCCGUGAAAAGAAGGCAAACAAGUUCCAAAACAGCCAGAUUCCCCUCGAGGAGUUGGAGAGAAUGCAGAGAGAGGCAUUCGAAGAUGCCGCCAACCGCCACGCUUAA